CAUCUUCAGCGGCAUCAAAGAACCCACACAGGGGAGAAACCUUUUGAAUGCUCAGAGUGUGGAAAGAGAUUCAGUCGCAGUGCCGAUCUUCAACAGCAUCAAAGAACCCAUACAGGGGAGAAACCUUUUGAAUGUUCAGAGUGUGGAAAGAGAUUCAGUUACAGUAGCCAUCUUAAAAGGCAUCUAAAAACACACACAGGGGAGAAACCUUUUGAAUGCUCAGAGUGUGGAAACAGAUUCAGUGUGAAUGGCAGUCUUCAAAGGCAUCUAAGAAUCCACACAGGGGAGAAACCUUUUGAAUGUUCAGAGUGUGGAAAGAGAUUCAGUUACAGUGGCCAUCUUCAAAGGCAUAUAAGAACCCACACAGGAGAUAAACCUUUUGAAUGCUUGGAGUGUGGAAAGAGAUUCAGUGUGAGUGGCCGUCUUCAAAGGCAUCUAAGAACCCACACAGGGGAGAAACCUUUUAAAUGUUCAGAGUGUGGAAAGAGAUUCCUUUGCAGUGGCCAUCUUCAGCGGCAUCAAAGAACCCACACAGGGGAGAAACCUUUUGAAUGCUCAGAGUGUGGAAAGAGAUUCAGUCAGAGUGGCAAUCUUCAACAGCAUCAAAGAAUCCACACAGGGGAGAAACCUUUUGAAUGCUCAGAUUGUGGUAGGAGAUUCAGUCACAAUGGCAGUCUUCAAAAGCAUCUAACAGUCCACACAGGGGAGAAAACCUUUGAAUGUGCAGAGUGUGGAAAGAAAUUCAGUUGCAGUAGACAUCUUCAAGGGCAUCAAAAAACCCACACAGGGGAGAAACCUUUUGAAUGUGCAGAGUGUGGCUUGUGA